AUGGCUCCCAAACGGAAGACGACGUCCAGCUCAACAGGCGCACGCAGCAAUGGCACCGCGCAGGCGAGCAAACGCAGCAAGCCCGAUUUAUCCCAACCGCAUCCCAACGCGCAACAGUCCGAGGAUUUUGGCAUCGUGUUGCGCGAGUUUUAUCCCGCGGAGAUGAGCAAUGCGCGCUGCGCCGCAUACAACGACGGAACCUUGGAACGGCCGAUUGAGGCACGGCAAAAGGCGUACGAGGAAACACAGAACCAGCGCAAGGUCAUCAAACCUAAUAAUGCUGUCGUGCACUGGUUCAAGUCCGAUCUACGACUCCACGACAAUCGCGCCCUGCAAAUGGCCUACCAGACCGCCAAGGAACACAACAUCCCUCUCAUCGGGCUGUAUAUCCUGUCGCCGCAGGAUCUGACAGCGCACCUGUCGAGUCCUGCGCGAGUGGAUCUCACCUUGCGCACACUGGAUCAGUUGAAGCGCGACUUGAACGAGCUGGAUAUCCCUUUGUAUAUGGAGACGCAGGAGACGCGCAAGGACAUCCCGCAGCGGAUCAUAGACUUGUGCCAGGAAUGGGGCGUCAAUAAUAUCUUUGCGAAUCUGGAGUACGAGGUCGAUGAGCUGCGGCGCGAGGCGAAACUGGUCAGGAUGUGUGCUCAGAAUGGGAUCAAGUUUGAGACCGCCCACGAUGCUUGUGUCGUGACUCCCGGAGCGGUCGCCAGCCAGCAAGGCAAGCAAUAUGCCGUGUACAGUCCGUGGUAUCGUGCGUGGCUGGUGCACUUGAGGGAGAAUCCAGACUGCCUGGAGCUAUCCGAGGAACCAGGGUCAAAUCCGGGCAAUGCGCGGAAGCAUUUCGCGAAGUUGUUUGAGAGCGAGGUGCCCGCCGCCCCAGAAAACAAGCGACUGUCGGACGAGCAGAGGAAGUAUUUCGGUCAACUAUACCCCGCAGGCGAACAUGAGGCACUUGAUAGGUUGGAGAAGUUUGUAGAAGAGAGGGUGAAGGAUUACGCGGAUGCCCGGAACAUGAUGUUCGGCCAGACGACCUCGAUCCUCAGCCCUUACUUUGCAUCUGGGUCGCUCAGCGCCAGGACGGCUGUUGUGCAUGCGCGCAAGGCCAACAAGGGCUCUUUGGAUCGUGGUGAUCCCGGUCUGGCUUCGUGGAUCAGUGAAGUGGCCUGGCGGGACUUCUACAAGCACGUCCUCGUCCACUGGCCGUUUAUCUGCAUGAAUAAAUGUUUCAAGCCUGAAUUCACCAACUUAGAAUGGGAGUACGACGAGAACAAGUUCGCUGCCUGGUGCGAAGGGAAAACUGGCUUCCCCAUCGUGGACGCGGCGAUGCGACAGAUGAAGCACGACGCCUGGAUGCAUAACCGCGCGCGCAUGAUCGUCGCCUCCUUCCUCUCCAAGGACCUCCUCAUUGACUGGCGCCGUGGUGAGCGGUAUUUCAUGGAACAUCUCAUCGAUGGCGACUUUGCUUCCAACCACGGGGGAUGGGGUUUUGGCUCCAGUACGGGCGUCGAUCCGCAGCCCUACUUCCGGAUCUUCAACCCUCUUCGCCAGAGUGAACGGUUUGAUCCGGAUGGAGAGUAUAUCCGAAAAUGGCUGCCAGAGCUGCGUGGUAUCAAAGGGUCGGCCGUGCAUGAGCCCUACGCUCGGGGAGCAGGAGCCACGGCAGAGAAGAACGGAUAUCCGCGACCGAUACUUGAGCAUUCCAAGAGUCGAGCCCAAGCAUUGGAGCGAUUUAAGAGAGCGAGCGAGAAUGGUCCUUGA